GACGCACCAAAGCUCUAGCGUUUCCGGCCAGCUCAGCGCGUCAGACCUGUGGUGUUGUCGGUUCACAGCCUGUCAAGCCUCGGUCCGCUCACCGGGAACGUUUCAACCGGGCGGCGGAGGAACCCCAGGAGACGGCGGAGAGAUGGUGCUGCUGACGAUGAUCGCUCGGCUGGCCGACGGUCUGCCGCUGGCCGCCUCGAUGCAGGAGGACGAGCAGGGAAGUGAAAAGUUGGGUCGGGAUCUUCAGCAGUAUCAGAGUCAAGCGAAGCAGCUCUUCAGGAAGCUCAACGACCAGAGUCCCACACGCUGCACUUUGGAGGCUGGUUCCAUGGCAUUUCACUAUUUUAUAGAGAAAGGGGUGGUCUACCUUGUGCUGUGUGAAGCCAGCUUUCCCAAGAAGCUGGCCUUUGCCUAUCUAGAAGACCUCCAGGCAGAGUUCCAUGAGCAACAUGGAAAGAAGGUGCCCACAGUGUCCCGGCCGUACUCCUUCAUUGAGUUUGACACCUACAUCCAAAAAACCAAGAAGUCGUACAUCGACAGCAGAGCGAGAAGGAACCUGGGCAGCAUCAACACAGAGCUCCAGGACGUACAGAGGAUCAUGGUGGCCAACAUAGAGGAGGUGCUGCAGAGAGGAGAGGCUCUCUCCGCGCUCGACUCCAAGGCCAGCAACUUGUCCUCCCUGUCGAAGAAGUACAGGAGCGAUGCCAAGUAUCUGAAUACCCGCUCCACCUAUGCCAAGCUGGCAGCCGGUGGUGUCUUUUUCAUCAUGCUCAUUGUCUAUGUACGCUUUUGGUGGCUCUGAGAGAGGGAACAGGAAGGAGGUAUUGAAGUUGAAAACGAGUCUGCAGACGCUAAGAAAAGCUGUCACCUUCGCCUAAAAACAGGAUCCCUGCUCUUAAUAAGACUUUACAGACCAUCAUUCCUUUUGUUCCUGCAUGUCCAUGGAAAUGUCACCUGAAUUUCAAUAAUCUCAUUAUACAUAUAAUAAUUAUAUUAUAAAGAUUGCUUUGUAUUUACAGGCAAUUUGUGUGCAAGUGUGAAGGAAAACAUUUUUUGUGAGUUUCCAAAGCUGUACUGUUCUUUACCAGGAGUGACUGAUGGAAUCUUGUAUAUUGCCUAAUAAUACAGCGAAGAGCAACCCCCCCCCCCCCCCUUUUUUUUUUCAUCCCGAGCGCAUCAUAUGGUUAUUACCAUUCCUUAAUAUGAUAAUCAUAGUAGUGGUGGCUUGAUGGGCCUUUAUAACAAAAAGAAUGUGCUACAGUAGCAGAUAUUGGACAGAAGUUGUAUUGAUCCUUGGGCGGUUUAAUAGGCUCAGCAACAACAUAGAAAAAGGUAUCAUAGCUCAAUUGACUGUUUAUUAAAAAAGCUGUAUGAAAACCAUGAAAAUGCUAAUUCACUUGGACUCUUAAGGGCCGUAAAAAAUAUAUAUUAAGAGGAAAGGAUGGUAAGGAAAGGGGGAGGGUGAAGUAUUUCUUGUUUUUGUGAAGUGAGAGGAGUCAGGGGAGGCUUACUUGAUUUUUAUUCACCCCAAAUUUAUAUUUCAGCCUUCACUUGUAAAGUGAUAUCUUUUUUAAUUAUUUUUUUUCCUAAGGAUAAAAUAGUUGCAAAUGAUGGGUUUAGCAUGUGUCACAUUGGGUCAUAAUGAUGCCUCCUCAUAUGCAGAGGACAUAUGAGAGGUGUAAAAAUUAAUAAUCCUGGGGACGGCAUUGCUUUUUUUAGCAACGCCCCUCCCUCCUCCAAUCACGUUCAGAGGGUCCCUUACCUGAUCUGAACAGUGCGUGUCCACACUUCCCUUUAUGUUAUCUUGCAAAAUGACUGUGAUUCGGCACAUUUCUGUAACCAGACAUUUAAAAAAAAAAAAAAAAAGAUUUAAUGUCCAGUCAGGUUAUUUUAUUUUGUGUAAAGUUUACAUACGUCCACCCUUGAUUUUAAAGCGAAUUCAGGCCGAGAGUCACAAGGCGUUUAAGAAACCUGCCAUGUUUGACACACCUUCACCCUUUCUGUUAUGUCUGUUAUCUAUGAAUAAAAUCAUUUGUUCGAUGAA